GUUUGCUCGCCUUGGGCUAGUUUGGGUGCUGUCUGAAAUAGCCUACGUCAGUCUCAAAACAGUCAAUCUAUCAGGCGGGAGGCGCCGGUCCUGCAAGGCAGACAAACCACCUCCCCCCGCCGUGACGGCCCAGAACGUUGUCGCGCUUCCCUGUUCGUCGACAGUGCGCCUGUGGCCCGCUGAUACGCAUGACCAGAGCCGAAUUCAUGUUUGGGAGUGUGUUUUUCGUCAUAUGUGUGACAAACCAGCUACGAAUGUAUUUUCACUGCAUUUGGACGAAGAGUCCAGCCGUUCCAUUGCGAAAGCCCAACCAGAGCUGACACUGAUUUUGUUUGGUGGCCCCGCGUCCGUGCCCUACGCACGCCCGUCUGGCACUUUCCGUGUUAGGAGUUACGGAAUCCGCCUUGCGUGGAGUGAAUUCCAGACUUGCAGGAGACAGAAGAAAAUUACAGGCACGCACAAAAACAUUUUGCGGUGCUGUUUGGCGGCAGGACAGAGUUGAUUUCUUGCGUGGCGGCUUUGCAGCGGUACAACUUGCCUGGCCGUCCACUCUUGCAAGGCUGCAGCUAGUCGUGGCAGUCGGACACCAGGGCUUCCCAGUUGCCUACGACGCGGACUGGCAGCGCACCAGCCGCCUGUCGCCUGCCGGCCAACUCCUCCCCCCCUUCGAUCAGCUGAGCUGGGUGACGAGUGAAUUGCUUCGAACCUUCCACUUUUACAGCGUCUUUUCUUUUCCACAGUGCGUCUGACAUCUUGUAGUGUGACCGGUGAGUGUACUUGCAGCGUUGUUCUCAUAGUGUGCGAGCACUGCGUAGGAGGCGGCUAAAACGAAACAAAUCUUUACAAAGACGCGCAUCUGAGGAGGGCACAGACGCCAUCUCAUAUCACUCUGUUUGAUUGACGUUUUGUCGGACUGUCGCCACGAUCAUAAAGAAGCACCGUCGUGUCCCGGUUUGUGGGGGUGACCCGGUCGCGGUACUAAUCGGUGUGGCGGCGUGACCUCACACAGCUGCUCCUGACGAGCGUGAGCCCUCAAAGUGCUGCAGUGUUUCAGUGCAUGUUCUAUUUUCUAAGGGAUGAUGGCAAAACCGGUGGUUGACAAUUCGUCCGUUUCAGAGGCGACAUCGUCACCGCUUGUGGCGUCUCCGUGCACAGCGUCCGUCGAGCUCCCGUCUGAACCGACGCUCGGCUGCGACAGGGUCACCCAUUCUCAUGAGCCGAGAGAGGAGAAAAAGCGAGUCCGGUCUAGCCACAACGUGCUAAUUUUCGAUACCGCCACGAUUGGAGAAAAUGCGCGGAAGCGACGUGUGCGCCAUCUAAGCGGAGAGAGCGCUAGGCUCUUCCGACCGUUCGUGUUCAACAAUGGCGUUGACGACGCUGUCGAAAUGGGGACUGACGUAGACGACGAGCCUUUCGUACAUCACAAGGCGGCGAACUCAGGAGAAUCCGUGCAGCGUAAUCAGCUGUGGGGGAGAGACACUAGCUCAAACGCUGUUGCCGGCGCUACAUGUGCUCCUCCACUCGCUUCUGUAGUUUCGGACUGGCUGCCAUCAGACGGUAGGCAUCAACGGGGUAGUGAAAUGUCUGAUCGCAUCACCAGGAGUACGUGUGCAACAAGUAGGGUCGCUUCUCUUGAAGCAGCUGACGACGCGCUCGGAGCUAGAGACUGCCCAACAAAAACGGCGCUUGGUUGUGGCUCCGUGGGUGCUCCGCAGGCGGGCGCUGGGCUUAGUAACACUCUGAGAGACGGGUCAUCUCGGGAGAAUCUCGAGGAGAAGGCAGUGAACAGAGACGAAGGAGGAAGGAACCACGAAGAAGAAGAUGUUGCAGCGCCAAGCCGAAAGGGGAAGAUUUCAGGGUUCCCCUUGACCAGUAUCACUCCCAGGGAGGACCCCGCGAAAGCCGCUACGCCGAGCCUUUAUGACGCCUACGUAGGUGGUGAUAUCGGCCUUGGCGAUGUGAAUACGGGCACAACUCAGGGGGAUACAACUGACGCAAGCAAAGGGGCCUUAACAAUUGUUACAUCUGGCUGCCGCAUCCAUAGUGAGGGGGCCCGGUCGAGUAAUUCCUUCAGUGCCAAUGAUAGUCGCCAUCCUAGUGCUCAGGUGGGUGUUCUGCACAAUCACGUGACCGAAGCAGAUGCUAAUGAUGCCUCUCUACAGGGGGCAACUGACGCAACAACUGUGGAUGUCGAUUCGAGGCGGACCGUUCGAAGAACUCUUACUGCAACAGAGGCAUACGAGAUGCAUAGAAAACAACAACAUCAGCGGCUAGUCAUCAGCGCCGGCGAAUGCGAAGGUGGUGAUGAACAGCUGAGGAAACGGAGCUGGUCAGGAGGUGUCCAUGCGGAUACAGACGCAGCGUGGGCACGGCUGCAGGAGCAGUUGUUAAAACGUGCUUCGGACGGCCAAACAGACAGCGAAGAGAGUAACAGAAACGGUCAAAAUUCACCAGCGGCAUCGUUCGCGCAAGGUGAUACCUUUCUCUCGAACGGUGCCGGCCUUACCAAGGAAGAAGUUGAAGCUCGACACCAUCCUGCCCCCGUGUUAGCGGAAGAGGAAGAUCGUGAAUCCUCAAUGUCCCACUCUCCUUCCCCCUCCUCCACACUGGAUGCGGCACUUGCGACAGCUGACGACCAGGGAACUGACGAGCAAGUCAGCGAUUCCUUUACCUCGACAGCAGGCAAACAUGAACGGGGUCGCAACGCCGGGUCUGGAGGGGGAGGAGGCGGGACAGGUGCAGGAAGCACGCCCUUCUACAGCGUAUCCGAGGGUGCGAUGAGCAAAAAAGUCAUCCUUAGAAGCCAUAGAUUUUACCCCGUUAUCCGCGGAGUCUCCCGCGACAACACAAAGCGACGAUGGGCUGUAUACUGGAAGGGAAACCGGAAGUAUUUCUACGACAAAUUCUACGAGGACUGCUACCAGGCAUAUCUCCAUGCUGUGGACUUCCGCAAACAUGCAAAAGCACAUGGUCCCCUAGCGGGCUCCGUACCUCCGGCGGGUUUGAUUACUGGGCCCACAUCGCCGGCGUCCUUGCUGAACUUCUCAGGGCCAUUUGAAUCUGUGGCAGGUUCCGGAGGGUCCACCUCUCUUCUCGAGUCCUGCUCUUCAUCCGCAUCUUCGUCACCUGCUACCGCAUCUUCAUUACUCUUAUCGACAGCCGAACGCCUCCCGCGCGGCUCUCGGGAACUGUCUUCGUCUGCUCUGGCAGACAAAGUGCUCCGGGAGAGCACGGUAGAAGAUAGACAUUCCAGGCUUAACCGGCAUGCCGUGCUUCCGCGAUUUGCCGAACAAACAGCAAUUCCCUCAGUCGACGAGGCAACUUUCGGGAAAGCGCACGGUGGUGUUGGACCUAGGCGAGCUUCAGGCCAGACAUUAGAACUCUAUAAAAAUGCUGUUCGACUCAUGCUUCAGGAUUUAUCCUUCACGGUGGCCCCAUCAUUUUUUGCUGCGGCAAGGAACCGGUGCCCUGAAGAUGCGGAGGAUGACUCACGUGAAGAAACUCCUCGCGUCACGGGGGGGCUGCACUCGGCUGGUUCUCUAUCGCUUCUCCAACAGAGUUGAAUCUCGCUUCCGCCAGAAGAUGGAUGGAGUGUGUUGCUCGGACCGAACGCGACACGCAUAACUGCGGCCCUUAAUCUCCGUUCGCUCCAUAUAACUCCGUGUGGAAAUGCGACCAGUUUUUUGACGACAGCACGCCAAAGAGGUCACUCGUUUGCAGGGGAGAGUUUUUGACUAUCUUUUUCGGUGGCUGCACGCUCUCAUGUGUCCUGACUCGUACAGUAAGUAUUUCUAGGUCCAUGUGUCAGUGAGAUAGCGUGCUUGUGAGUACAGGUCCGUGGACGAGUGCCAUUGCACACAAGCGUCCUGCUGUCGUGGCUACGAGUCACUGAGCUGCGUGAAGGCGGUCGAACUCGCCUCAGACUGUCUUUUGUGGAACUGUUUAACCCAGCUUUUGGGAGUAUAGGGAUUUCAUAUAGAGUCUGUGACCCCAGCGCCAAUGAAAAGGGGCCAUAGAUAAGAUGAAAUGCUUGGUGUGUGCGUUGUGCUUGUGCUGUGGAAGUAGUAUGCUAGUUCGUUUUGAGCUAUCUCCUGUAGCAGUGCAUACCCUUGGAUAUGAUUCGUCGCUGGAUUCCAGAUGACUGGACCGUUGCCCAUGGGCCGUUCGGGGGCGUACUGUUCUAUACAGCGAAUAUUUGUAUACGUCUUGGGAGACGCUUGCGUUCAUGGUUUCGCGCCGUCUCUCCGAUGCAGUUCCUUAACUGCCCUGAUUUAUAGGGAUAUUGAGAAAGAAUGGCAUCACGGUGGCUGCUUUAGGACAUAGUAAAAGCUUUUGCUCCGCCCCACGCUGGCAACGCCUUCUUCGGCAUAAUUAAGCCCCCAAGGUCGUAGAGAUAUAUGCGUGUGUCUGUUCGGUCUUUCUCACAAUGCCAUGUGGUGCCUUGGUGUUUGCGACGUGGAGCCCUAGCAGCGUAGCGAGACAACGCGUGCGCCUGUCUGUGUAGUUGCGAUUGUAGUUACACUCUCUGUUCCUGGGCAAGCCUUACACGUUUACCAAUUUAUCGCUUCUGAUGAGUUCAAGAGAAACUAUUGUAUAUUGAAGAGGUGCUCACAACGCGCCAAAUACCACUAGAGGUGGCCAAAGGACGUGCAUGGCGGAGCGAUACUUCACGGCGUUAAAGCGUCACAUGUGAAAAUCUCUCUGCCCGGACGAAACAGUACAUGGCUGUCAAUGUAGG